UAACUUUCAUUGUAAGAAUCAAAGAUAAGCUGAAUAAUUAUGGAUAAUUAUAUUGAUCAACUAUCCAUCAAUGAAUAUGAAUAUAUUCAGUUUAAAAAAGGUAUAACUCAAACAAAUGGCGACGCUAGUUUUUAUAUUUCACAAAAUCACCACUCUGAAACAACUUCUUCAUUAUAUAAUGAAGGUUGUUUAUCGCUACAGAAUUAUCAAAAUUAUGAUUAUUACAAUAUGAAAGCGGAGAGUAACACAUGUCUUGUUCAAAAUACAACAACAGAAAAUGUAAACUUCUCUUAUUAUAAUGCUAAUAAUAAUACUUACACUAACAUUAUGAAUAAUAAUAAUGACAGUAGUUUAUUAGAAAUAAAUAAUCCUACAAGUAUGACUAACUGUGAUGAAUUAUUAGAUAUGAAUAGCGAUUUAGAUACAGGUAUUAUUCAUACAAUGUUCUAUAACGAAUUACAAUCUGGUGCAAAAGUACGUGAACGACGAAGAAUGUUCAGUAUUAAUUCAGCUUUUGAAGCGUUAAGAGCAUGUCUGCCAACAUUUCCAUAUGAGAAGAGAAUAUCAAAGAUUGAUACACUGAGACUUGCAAUUGCCUAUCUAGCACUUCUUAAAGAUUUAUUAGCCAAUAUGGAUUCAAUUGUAACAGAUCAACCUAUAAGAAGAGGUCAACUAGUGAUACAAUUUAUGAUUCAUCGAUUAAAUUCAUCUAAAAGGCAUCAUCUUAGCUGGUAUACGAGUGACUUAAUUGCUCGCCUCAACUGGAUAAGGUGGGAUCGACUAGGCUAUACAGGCACCAUCGAUUGGUCGUCUUCUUUACACUCAGACUGUCAUCAAUGA